GGGAAGCUGAGCGCGCGCCGCUGCGUCCAGAUCAUCAUCAUGAUGAUGUAAUAAGCGCACGCUCCGCUGAUUCUAGUGCACACUCGAGUCCUCACGCUCGCGACCCGGCUGUAGUGAUGUCAUCAUCAAUACCGUGAAUUUAUCGUUCUUGGGGAUUUUCACCCAGCCUCCGUGCAGCUCCGCGCGGCCUCCAUGAGGACAAACACCGGGACUGCGGCGCUGAUGGCUGUGGCGGUCGGGACUGCAUCAAGCUCCCUUCAGCACCACAACCGCGACCCCUGCGCUCAGACAACCGGCAAAACCGAAAGACCCGCGAGCGCGCGCUUCAGUACAGCAACAUUCAAUAUGGAUUAUCCAUCAUCUUAACUUGAAUUAAUACCCCUGGUGUGGUUGACAGCCAGUCGGGAUCAUCACCGAUCAUCCGCGCCUUUUCAGGACUUUAGUGUGUAUUCUUGAUAACCGGUGUUAAAUCGGUCUUAUUCGGUGCCUGUGCGCUCUUCCCCUCGCGCUUACCGGAGACUGACUCCCGGAGGCCACAAGUGCCUGUUUUCUCCCGCUGGAUUCACCGUGGAGGGAAACUGAUGCCCUGUUGCCUUUCCUCGCCCGUGUCUACCUCUGCAGCCGCUGUUUCUCUUUCGGUAACGCGACUAGGCCCGCGAGCCCCCCUGAACAUCUCACAGAAUGAUUAUUUGAUGGAUAAAAUGACAAAAGCGGAUCGUUCAAAUAGCGUUUCAGCCUUUCGAAUGUUGCUGUAGCGACUUUGCUGAGUGUUUAACCUCUUUUUGGGGGACACCCGGGUGCGCGAGCUGGGCAGCUGUCUGGAGAGCAAUAAACUCCCGUUAUUUUGGAGGCUUUGCGCGCGCUUCUCUCAGGAUGGCAAAUGAACCCGUUAUCCUUAAUGUGUAUGACAUGUACUGGAUUAAUGAAUACACCUCCACUCUGGGUAUUGGAGUCUUCCACUCAGGAAUAGAGAUCUACGGCAGAGAGUUUGCAUAUGGUGGCCAUCCAUAUCCCUUCAGUGGUAUUUUUGAAAUCAACCCUGGAAAUGCCUCAGAACUGGGGGAAACGUUCAAAUUCAAAGAGGCUAUAGCUCUGGGCACAACAGACUUUGCAGAGGAGGACAUUGAUAAAAUAAUGGAGGAGCUUGGAAAGGAGUUCAAGGGGAACGCCUACCACCUGAUGCACAAAAACUGCAACCAUUUUUCUUCCUCACUCUCUGAGUUGCUGUGUGGAAGAGAAAUACCACGCUGGGUGAAUCGCUUGGCAUAUUUCAGCUCCUGUAUUCCAUUUCUGCAGAGUUGUUUGCCUAAAGAGUGGCUCACGCCUGCUGCGCUCCAGAGCCACAUCAGCAUGGGCCUGCGGAAGGAGAACACACACUCACACACACAUGAAUCCAGCGAUGAGGAGCCUUCGUCUGCUGCCGAGGCAGCGUCUGGAACAUCACACAGCUGCAGACACACCCGUGUGUGAUCUAUAUAUAUACACACAUACAGUAUUAAACUAAUCUGAACAUACACACAAACACUCUCCAACCUCUGAUCCUGCUGCUACAGCGCCUCCUGCUGGACUGGAUGAACACCAGACCUCAUGGACUCGCUGAUAGAGGAAAUCAAAGUCAUGUUUUUCAGUAGAGCCUACAGGGAUUUGAAACCCUUGCAGUGGUACUCUUAUCGUUUUAGAAUUUUGAAUUUUACUAAACAUUUUAGGGAAAUUAAAACAGUGUUUGCCAGUUAGUGUUAAACGUGCACAGGACACUAUGAAUGAUGGACUGCCCUCUGCUGGGUGUGUUACAGCACUACCGGGCCCUUCCUUAAAAACAUUCAUUUCUGUCUACAGAUUUAGCUCAGUUUGCUGUUUAUUUGUUUCUAUUUUGUGAUGGAUGAAGACUGCAGAGGAACUUGCAUUCCUUACCUUCGUUUUUUUUCCUCCUCAGUGACUUUAGUAAUAUAAAUCUGCGUUAAUUUAAUUAUACGAUGUCAAUCUAAUGUCAUCUUGGUUUACAUUCAUUUAAAGAAUUCUCCUUUGCUAUUUUUUAUAAUUUAGCUCCAGGUUUUUGAUUAAUUUACUUUGAAAAGGGCCAACGACACCACUGACAGCAGCUGGAAAUUGCAGCCUUAUAACUGUAAGCCAUUGAUAUGCUGGAGUCAGCUGAAACAAAAGAGCGCUGUUGUCCUGUCGUUGAGGACACAAAGGGGGCAUUUGUGAGGCUGAUGUUGAGGGGGUGGGUGGGUAAGUGUGGGUGUGGUCUGCACAUCAGUUCUGGUAUCAGUACUGUCUUGCUGUGUUGUGAUUGAAUGCAACAGCUGAGUGGUUAAGAAGAGAGAGGGAAUGUGUGUUGCAGAGGUGUUAAUGGCCACUCUUGGCUUUCGGUAUUGUGCUAUCUGCCUUUUAAACGUUCAGGCUGAAAAAUAGUCCAGUAAUCACACAUCGCUACAUUUGCACAGGCAUAUUCCCUAGUUUUAUGUCUGGAACGGUCGACGUCAAUUUCCAAAAACCAAAGCCAGUUUGAAAGAAAAAGUUCAAUGAAAAAAAGCUUCAGAUUAUGAUUCCAUCCAGGUUGAGGAUAUCAAAACACCCUGGUUUAAAGACACACGUUUCUGUGUGUGUGUUCAGUCUGGUAGUACAUGUACUCCUUAAUGUAGGCUAUGAUACCCAGAUUUUCUCUGUAACAAAGUUGGCAAGUGUAUGAUGCCUAGUGUUUUAAAUCUGUUCAGUAGUGAAUUGUUUUCAACUGAAGGCCACAACUAAAGGUCUUUUCAGGCUUUAGACCUUAGUUAAGGUGGACAUAAGAUCUAAUUUUUCACGAAUGAGAACUGUAACAAUUGUCAGUUCGUUCAAUUGGUCGGUAAUAUGGCAAUUUUAAAACUUUUACCAGAAAUUGUGGAAGGAAAUUUUGUCAGCUAAAAAGGUCAAAAGCAUAUUACAAUCUUUAUUCGUGAAAUAUUAAAAAUGUUGUACCCUGACUAUUGUAAAAAUAAGAGUAAAUGAUACACCUUUCAGUAUUAUUUUGAUGCUUCUGUGCCAUUUUGCUUCUCUAUUUGCAAAUCUCCUCUAGAUGCCCAUAUUCCCCUCUGUCUCUCAGGAUGGCGUGGCAUUGUAGGUGGCAACAUGGGUGUCAAAUCUGUGGGGUGUUUUUGGAGACUUAUUUAUAAAACUGAAUUUUAUAUUUGGAAUAUGAUUCUAUUUACUGUUGUUUUGUCAAAGAUCUUAUCAACCGGUAGAGCCUGAUUCUUAUUGUUAUUUUUCUUAUUCUUAUCGUUAUUUUUGUUUUAUUUAGUCCACAACUGUGAUAUUUUACUAGUUCAGCAAGACCCAUUUUGUAGGCUUUCCCCACUGAUGCCAUUUCUAGCCUCGAUUAGUACUUCUUGUUUUGAUGUGAUGAAUGAUUUCAGAUAUUUACAGAUGAAUAGAGA